UUGGCUCACGAUGAUGCUUGUUUAUAGUUGCGAGAACUGAAACGGCGAAACUAAGAACUCCCUCUCUUUCUCACUGUCUCUGAGUUUUGUUGCCUCAGAUUGCAUGCCAUGUCGGCCUCGAAGGUCGUGAUUUUGUCAAUCUUUCUAGCCCUAAUCUUCACGCACAUUAGGGCUGAUGUUUCAAUCGAAGGAGAAUUAUCAGACAGUGGAGAUGAGACCGUCAAGGUCGUCGGAUCGGACGGCUCUGCCGAUUCGUCCGCUUUGAAGAUCGAACUGGACCAGCUCAAGUCCAAGAUCCAAGCCCUUGAGUCCCAUGUCGAUGAGAAAUCCAAAGAAUUGAAAGCAAAGGAAGAGGUUUUAGCGAAGAAGGAAAAAAUCAUUCAAGACAAUUCAAAUAACAUUGCUUCCUUGCAAACUGAGAUCUCAUCGCUCCAGCAAAAAGGGUCAAUAGAUGCUGAGGAGCAAGUCGGAAAGGCUCAUGCACGUGCUGGUGAAUUAGAGAAGCAGGUAGACAAACUUAAAAAGGAAUUAGAGACACAGAAUAAGGAGAAGGUGGCUUUGGAAGCCCGGGUAAAUGAAGCUGAGAAGAAAGUACAGGAAUUGAGUUUGAAACUAGAGAAUCUCCUAAAGGUUAAUGAUGAACAGAAGACCAAAAUUCGUAAAAUUGAACGGGCUCUUAAAGCUGCUGAGGAAGAAAUGAUUAAGGCAAAGUCUGAGGCCACUUCAAAAGCGAAAGAGUUAAUUGAGGCUCAUGGUUCAUGGCUUCCACCUUGGCUUGCUGUACAUUUAGUCCAUGGUCAGUCCUGCAUGGAGACAUAUUGGAAUGAGCAUGGGAAACCAGCCUUUGAUAUGCUGAUUCAGAAGGCCGUGGAGAAAAAGGCACAAGCUGAAAAAUGGUCUGAACCUCACAUAGAAACAAUUAAAACUAAAUGGAUCCCAACUAUAAAGGAUCAGUGGGUUGUGGUAAAAACAAAUGUUGAACCACAUGUUCAGUCGCUAACUAAAAAAAGUAUUGAAGUUUAUGAGACAUCAAAGAGUGCAGUAAUUCCACAUGCUGUCAGAGUGCGGGAGUUUGUUGAUCCUUACUUUCAGAAUCUGAAAAAGUUUUUUAUGGGUGACAGGAAGCUAAAAGGGUCAGCAAAGCCAUACAUUGAUCAGAUUGCUACUGUGACAAAACCUCAUGUUGAUAUUCGGUGGUUAUAAAGCCGUGAUACAAAGGAAGCAAUUAAUGCUUAUGGAAAGUUUCUAAAGUCUGCAACUACUUACCAUCAUCAGAUUCAAGCCACUGUGCAAGAGAAGCUGAAAAGGCAUGAGCUGACAAGACCUCUUGCUACGAAAGAGUUGGAAUGGUUUGUGGCCUCUGCUUUGUUGGCCCUGCCCAUCAUCAUACUCUUUAGAGUUGGUUCUGCUAUUUUCUGCAAAAAGGCAAAGAAACCUACUCGAAAUGCUCAUACCAACCAUGCACGUCGUAAGGCUAAACGGGUCCAUCCAGGCAACUAGAGUACAGCCAGAUCAUCUGCUGGUUUUUUAUAUUUGUUUUUAGUGGAGGGAGGAGACUAUCUAAGAUGGGAGAUGCACUCUCUUUGUAAUGGCUUUCUCCUUGUUGGUGAAGUCUGAUCCUGCCCUAGUCAUGGAACUACAAUGUUUUUGAAGAUUUGACUUUUUCUUUGUGAAGAAAAUUUUCAGAACCUUUGUCACACUUCAUAGUUAGAUGUCCAACAAGUCUAGAAAUUCUUGUAUCAUGGGCCGUGUUAUUUAUGUUGAUAGGGGUGUAAUCUUAUUUUUUGAAUUCUUGGUCAUCUUAUAUUAUGUUCUGUUUGUUAGAAGUUAGAACCAUAUUUUCUUUGCCUAUUAACCACGAUAAUUUUCCAUCUAUUUAUGUGAUCUUUUUUUUUUA